GCUGAACCCGGGCCGAGGGGCUCGGAGGGGUCUUUCCGCCGUUCACCGACCCCUCGAACGGACCGGCGGUGCACCCUCCCCGGGCAGGGCCUGCGGGCCGCGCCCCGCAGCCGCUACCCCUCCCCCCGACCGGCCGGCCUCCCGGGGCCGCGCCUGCUUCCACUCCCUGCGCAGCGUCGGCAGCCGAGCCGGGAGAAGGGGAAUGGGCGGUCCCGGCCCUUAGCCCCCGGCUGUGGCGGCUGCUCCGCCUCCCGGGUCCCAGCUUCUCGGUGGCCUCCGCCCGAUGCUGGCGGAGCUGGCUGGGGUCUCCGCGGCGUUGUGAGCGCUCCUGCCGUCGCGCAGCCGCCAUGUCCGGCGUGGUGCGCACCCUGAGCCGCUGCCUGCUGCCGGCCGAGGCCACGGGCCGCGCCGGGGAGCAGCCGCGGCGGGAGGGCAAGGAGCGGAGUCGCGAUGCAGAGCGGGAGGCGAGGCGGCGGAGCAGGGAGAUCGACGCGAUGCUGGCCCGGGAGAGGCGGGCCGUGCGCCGCCUCGUCAAGAUUCUGCUGCUGGGCGCCGGCGAGAGCGGCAAGUCCACCUUCCUCAAGCAGAUGCGGAUCAUCCACGGCCGCGAGUUCGACCAGAAGGCGCUGCUGGAGUUCCGGGCCACCAUCUACGAGAACAUCCUCAAGGGCUGCAGGGUUCUGGUUGAUGCACGGGACAAACUGGGGAUCCCUUGGCAGUGCACGGAGAAUGAGAAGCAUGGAAUGUUUUUGAUGGCUUUUGAAAACAAAGCUGGAAUGCCCAUAGAGCCUGCCACCUUCCAGCUGUAUGUACCUGCACUGGGCGCACUGUGGAGGGAUUCGGGAAUCAAGGAAGCCUUCAGCCGUCGGAGCGAGUAUCAGCUGGGUGAAUCGGUGAAAUACUUCCUGGAUAACCUGGAUCGGAUCGGUCAGCUGAACUAUUUCCCCAGCAAACAAGAUAUUUUGCUGGCUAGAAAAGCCACCAAAGGGAUAGUAGAGCAUGACUUCAUCAUUAAAAAAAUACCUUUCAAGAUGGUGGAUGUGGGUGGACAGAGAUCUCAGCGUCAGAAAUGGUUCCAGUGCUUUGAUGGAAUAACUUCAAUUUUGUUUAUGGUCUCCUCUAGUGAAUAUGAUCAGGUUCUGAUGGAAGACAGGCGCACAAAUAGACUUGUGGAGUCCAUGAAUAUCUUUGAGACAAUAGUUAAUAACAAGCUUUUCUUUAAUGUUUCUAUUAUCCUAUUCCUCAACAAGAUGGAUCUUCUUGUAGAGAAGGUAAAGACUGUCAGCAUUAAGAAGUAUUUCUCGGACUUCAAAGGCGACCCUCACAGGCUAGAAGAUGUUCAACGUUAUCUGGUGCAGUGCUUUGACAGGAAGAGGAGAAAUCGUAGUAAGCCGCUCUUCCAUCACUUCACCACUGCCAUAGACACUGAAAACAUCCGCUUUGUGUUUCAUGCCGUGAAGGACACGAUCCUUCAAGAGAAUCUGAAGGAUAUUAUGUUGCAGUGAAGGAAAACAGGCAAUGUUCUGUUAAAGUUUGCCAGAGGGUUAGAUCAAAGUUUUUAUCCUUUCUUUAUGGCCCUUGCAUGUGGUGUAGGACCCAUGCUAAUUACUUGGCUCAGGAAUGCUGUAAACUAGCCAGUCCAAACAGAGGAGCUAUAGGCCGAAGGAGUCAAAUGUUGAUGUUAGCUACUGAAUCAUUUGGACUAGAAACACUACUGAAACAUGGCCAUUGUAGGUUCUGUACCUAGUUUGGAAUGCUGAAUAACACAACCACCUUCUGCCUUCUUAGAAAAAAGAAAUCUCUGACAAACCAUGUAUGGAAGACAUGUUUUAAAUGAGUAUGCUCAUUUUUCAGAGACACUAGUCAUACAAACUGCCUUUUUUUUUGUAGUUUGGAGGUGCUGAGUCGAUCAAACUAAUGUUAAACCUAAGAGAUUGGCAGCUCUAAUGGAGAACGUUAAUGGAAGUUCUGUUCUUAACCCUUAGCUUUGCCAAGAGGUCUGGAAUCCCCUUAUCAAGGUGGAUGCACAGCCUUUGUCUGAAGGUUUUGCAUGAGUCUCCUAAGGCAAAAGUAUGAAACCAUGUAAUGAAACCAGUAUUGGAGUAAAUUGGGGGGAAGUUAAGGAUAUGGAGAAGGGUUUAUUUUGCACUAUGUGUGAAGGGUAUUGUAUCAUGGGAAAACUGAUUUCCUUGGUGAAGCAGCCUGUGCUAGAGCACCUGACCAUGUAUCUGCCCAGUGGGUGCUCAAGUGAGAUGUACGUGAUGGAAAUUGAGCACUGUUCUCGCACCCACAGUUGGCAGUGUCUGUGAAGGUUUGGUAUCUUGUGUAGCAGGGCUUUAUCUAUAUUCAGAACUUUGAAAGCUGAUUAAACUCUUAAGCAAAGGUUUUGGUAGUACAGCAGCUGCUUGAUUAGUUCCCAAGAGCUGACCUUAUAGGAAGACUGAACACCCUAGAGAUCCCAGUUUUACAGCUGCACUGAUGUGUUUGGACAGCAAGACCUUGCUGUAAAAUUAGCCUUUAAUCUGUGUCUUAAUGGGAUCUUUAGCCUAUAGUAAUGCACAUGGAAUUCUGAGUACAGUAGAGUUUGGUGUUGCCCAUUUUGGGCAAUGGUUUGUGUGUCAAAUUGCAAGAGGCGAUGGAUAAUAUUGAUAUGAACUGUUUUUUUCCUAGCACACUCAAUCAGUGAAACUGUCAGGUGCCUUUUUUGUGUACAGACAUAUCUGAUCUUUUCUACUACAGUGGGGAACAUGGACAAACUGAAGAUCUGCCUUUCAUAUCAGCACUGUAGUGCUAUCCUUUAGGUAACUUUCAAGUAGUUUACUGUGCAGUUUUUGUCACAGUUUUUAUCCAAGAAGAAAACCUGAAGGGCUGUUUGUACCUAUAAAAAGUCAACAGAUUCCCUGGAGUUCUUAUCCCCUUUGAGCCUGCAGUGGCAUGUCAAAACAAGCAACAUUUUACUUCAGCUGGUAAUCCCAUGGGAAAUGUGGUCAAAAAAAAGUCCUGUUCUGUUAUCCUUUCAUGUUAAUUUGGAUAAAAUCUGGAAUCUUUCUUCCUCUCUGAAGCUUGCAGAUGUUCUUAUCAGUAUUUUUGUGUACUUUCCUAAUGUAGCAGUCUUUUGGCUUUGUGGAGGCUUCAGAGUGGAAAAGAUGUGGCUAUUUCAGUGCUGUGCAACAUGCACAAUAUUGAGGUAAGAAGCAACUGAAAAAGUUACAGUUAGAAAAGUUUGACUUCAAUUUUGAGCAAUCUUAAACAGGGAUUAACUUCCUUGUAUCAAGUCUUAUUUUUGCCAGGACCAACUCUGUCUUAAAUAUUUACUCAUUUUUAACCUCAGAGGGGAAAUAUUUUAAUGUGACUCUAAUAUUCAGAUGGGGAAACUCUUAAGAUUACUACAAUUGAAAAGGUGAAUGUUUCAACACAGAGUGAAGCAAACCAGUUUACUUAGAUUCAAACCUCAUGUAAGGUUUGUUUCUCUAAGCUGAAGACCAAGACUGUUUUCAAAGCUUUCAGAUAUUCUUGGAGUUCUUGGUAGUAGCUUCCACUUCACUGGGAAAGAGGAGGCAGUUGUGGGCUGACCUGACUUCUAGGUUGACUUGACUUUAUUUCCUAGCUUGCUGUGAGCUUUAUUCUUUCACUACAUUUUCUACCUGAGUUGAUGAGUUAAUACUAUGCUUGUUUUCUCGAGUGAAUUCAACAUUCCCUUUCAUCUGUAUUUGUUUUCAAGAAUUACCUCAGUUUUAUGUCUGAAUCUACUGUAGUUUUACUGGGAGGCAUAGCAUAAAACUUCCUGUUCUGUUUUUUCUCUUGAUACUCAUCCAUUAUUAUGUAUCCUUAGUCACCUUAUGGAAUUAAAACUCUGAACAGAGCUAGUAAUACAACUGCCAUUUUAACUUAAAAUCUGUACCUGGAAAAGAAACAGCAUGAGAUAUCUCAUAUUGAGCUCUAAAGCUUGUUUUUUUGUACGACACAGCAGUUUUGCACACUAAAUCAGAGUUUUAGGGAACCAGUUUGUUCACCUCAAGCCCACUAUUGCCUUUCUUCUUGUUACUGAUAAAAUGGGCCUAAGCGUGGUGUAGUAGACUGCAGAUGAAAGUCAGUAGUUUGGCUCUGUAGGCUCUGUGUUCUGUUGGACUUUGAUAGGGAUGGUUCACACCAGGAUCCCAAGUUUAGGAAACUCUCCUUGCAAAAGUCAAAGCACUUCUCAAGUUUGCAAAGGAUCUGGCAGAUGAGCAAAAAGGACUUGUUUUUUUUGAUGGCAUCUUAUUCUGCAAAAUACACUCCACUUCCUGCCAGUAUGGAGGGAUUUUGUGUUUGGUUUUUUCAAGGUAAGCUGUAGUAAAAUAAAGCCAGAAAAUCAUGUUAUGGUAAACCAGUUAAUUACUACAGCAGAACUUAGGUAGAUUAGGUCGUACAAACAUCUCAAGGCAAGCUUGGUUGGCUGCUUAGUCCUUUCACAAGAAACAAAUAGCAAACUUUAUUUUAAGUGACAUCCUGGAGAACUGUGCAGGUCAACACAGCUGGAGAGAACAUCUUUUCUUCUCAACUUUGUAGUCUUAUUGUUCAUCUGGCUAGUCAGGAAAUGGGUCACAGGCAGGAGGAUAAUCAGACGGAGACCUUGAACUGCUACUACCUACUUUAAAGAGCAGCCUUUUGCUGUCCCUCCUCUCACCCGCCGGUCAAUGUCCAGUGGCAGGGUGUUGCACUCGGGUUAUCUGUCGCAGGGACAAAGAGAGGAAGUGCUUGCAGUGUGUGCUUGUAAGAGAGACUUACGUAGGCUUGCAGUUUUAAGUAGCAGAAACUAAAUGGGAGUAAUUUAUCAAACACUACUUUGUAUCUGUUGUCCUCAAAACAGACUUUAAGCUAAUAUAGUGUCAGUCAUUCCUUCAGAUUGCAGUGCUGUCAUUCUCUGAACAAUUCUUAGAUGGCAUUAUGAGGUGACAUGGUGAAUUGGAAUUAAAAAGGAAGAAUAUUUCUCUGCAAGUGACGUAUUUAAUAGGCAGUUGUCACUUUGAAGGAAUUAAAUAGCUCUUAAUGUUGAAAAUGAAUUAAUAUUGAUUACAGAAUAGAAGUUAGUGGCCACUCCGAAACCUGAAGAUGCUUCCAGUUUGAUAGAAAGAAUUGGUGAUGUUCUAUUUAAUAGAUAAUUUGACUAAUGAACUUAGAAAUAUAUUUAGGAUUUUUGAAGUAAUGCUGCAUAAAACCUAGAACUAAGUGUGUUAUGAGCAUAAAGAAGCUCCUGAAAACGACAGUUCACAGGCUUUCUGAGCCAAAUAAAGACUGAACCUCAGCCAAGCAGACAGAGUGGAGAAACAAAUGGCAAAAAGCCUGUAGUGAAAUGGAGUAGGAAGAGCUCAUCUGUAUCUGGCAUUGCAGGCAAAAAUGUCAUGUCACUAGGAUAGCUAGAUUAGGUUUUGGUAUGAAAACCAGUCCUGGUUACUGUAAUCUGCAAAGAAUUGUAGGAUUUAUAAAUGAAAGAAUAGACAUUGAACCACUGAAGAAACUAGCAGCUUUCUUUACUGACAGGCAACUACCUUCCACAGAAUUCCAUUUUAGAAAACAAGUCCUUUGCUGCCUUUCGAUGGCUGUCUUUGUGGAUAUUAACUCCAAGUUUUGGAGUCUUUCCUAUGGAUGUAUCUCUAGUUCUCCUGGAAAAGACAAACCAUUCUGCUGCAUGGCACUACAGGAUUUCUGUAAAAGGCCCCUCUGAUUUUCAAGCUUUGACACUUGACUUAGCUUUGUGUCCUCAGAUUUUCAGGAGCACUUCCUGGGUUGAAAGACACCAUGCUGCAUGCCAGCUUGAGACAUGAACACGAUAUGGAAUAACACCUCCAUCCAUUUCAGCUUGUCAUGUAAGCCAAACACUGAUCUCUUAUGAUGAGAACUAUAUUGAUUCCUUGAAGUUUAGUGGGAGCCUCUUCUCUAUAUCAUUUUCUAGUACAAAAUCACAUGGUGUAGUCAGGGGUUUUAAUAUAGCACUGCCAACUCUUUACCUCAGUACACUCUAUUAAUUCUGUAACACAGAAAGUGGUGGGUAGGACGUUUCAGUAGCAACUCUCAAACAUCAGUGCCUACGUUUGUAAAUGAGUGUUUAACAGGUUUCUAGGGAGCAUCCAGUAUGGAUCAGGAAGACUGGCAUGGUCUGGGCCAGCACUGGCCUGAAUUAACAUUGACUCCACACACUUCUAGGUGAGGACUGUCUAGCCUAGUGAGGAAGUAAUUGAUAAGACAAUACAAGACCUAGUGCUUUUUAAUAUUACCUGUUUUGUAAUUAGCUGGGGUGAUAUCUGCUUUGUGCUGUGAAGUGGGCACUUCUUUGUUUUAACACUAAUCUUUUUUGCAUAGAUGGAAGUGAGUGAAGCCAGGAUAUUUGGAGCUGAAACUGCCACUCUGCUACCCAGGUUGAUGCUAUCUCUUUGCUUAUCUUGGUGGUUGGACAGUUUAGCUUGAUUCUUGACUUUUUUUUAUCUUUCUAUAAUGGCAUUUGGAAAGCAGUGUUGAAGUUUGUCUAUGUGUUGAUAUGCUUGUUUUCUUAUUGGGUGGGGAGUAUGGAAGUAUUAGAUUGUCAGUGCUAGUGGUUCUGUGCCUGGCUUGGUGAACUGUAUCACAGCCUAGCUCUUGGCAUAUGUCUGAAGGCCGUAUCUUCUGUCUGAUGUGAAAAUAUUCACAGCCAGAGAGAAAAAAAAGAGCAGCACUGACUUCAAGGUGGGCAUUCUGGUAAAAAAGCCAAAGUAUGUUGGAAGGGAGCAGGAGGGGGGAGCUAUUUUUAAACAGAUCCCAAAAGCUGAUGAUGUUUGGAGACUGUAUUGAAGUGAAAUGCCAUCUGCAUUGACCCUAAAAGCUUUGAAUGACUCCAGAGAGCUAUUGGCUGUGAAUUAACAGCAGCAGGUUGGCAAGGCUGUGGCUCUGCUGCGGCUGCACACCCUUCCAUUGUGAAUCUCUCUUCAUCUGCUCGUAGCUGGUGCCAAAACUCAAUUCCUGCUAAAAUACAAUUUGCAGAUCUCUGGCCAGUCAGUGCAUCUUACUCCUUUCUAACAGCUACUUAAGCUUUCAAGAUAUCAGAGCAUGAGAAGUAUUCCAGGAGAAUGGCUAGGUAAGAGACUGUUUCCAUUAUUGGAAUGAGAACUACAACUGAUGGAGAGCAAAUCUUUUUGACAAGUAGGACGUGAGAGAGCAUCUUAUGAGGGAAGUAACAGAUUUUGAAUAGCAUUGCUUCUCUGCUGGUACUUUCCAUCAAUCUCUUGUGCUGAGCUUGUGUGCAGGCAGUUGGGCACAAAGGCUGAGAGGAGGUAGCAGGGAGAAGGGGGAUGUGGAAGAGAAAUGAUCUUUUGAUAGCUCACAAGACUUGGAAAGCAUGGUGAUGGACUUAGGUUUGAAAACACGUGUUCAAACUCCCAUUUGCAUUGAAGCCAUUAACUCUCUUUAGGAUAAUGAGUGCUCUUCCAGUGAACAGGUUUUGUUACCUGCAAUGUGUAAUGAGUUUGAAUUGCUGAUACAGGUUAAGAAGUAUUUCUGGAGACUCCACUUAACAAAAUGGCUAGUAUUUAUUGCUCUUGUGAUGAGUUGUCUUGUUUAUGGAAUCAAUAUGUAUGAAAGCAAACUGACAAAACACAAAGUUAUCUCGUGACACAAUCAUGUAGCUAGGAAGCCAAUUAACGUUAUCUUUUAUUCUGCAAUUUACUUGCUCUCUGGUGCCUAUGCAUUAACACACAUACUAUGCAAUAUCAUUCUUUUUUUAAACCAGUUCACUGCAUUGGGCAAGAAAGGCCUGAGUUUAGCCUUAAUUUUCUAACAAUUCACAGGAAAGUACUUAAAAAACAGUGACAAACUAAAAGAAGGUGAAAAAUGCAUUAAGUAAAAGCACAGUUCCAGACUGCUCACAUAAGUGUCUUUCUAGCACCAAAACAGCAUCCAUGAUAGAAGCAGCUACUUGCUGUAAUAGUUUCAAUUUACGAAAACUGUGUACUAGAUAAAAUUAUAUUGUGAUGUGUAAAAAGUGUAUUUUAUAGCUUUGGUGACUUAGUUUACUGUUUUGUAUAUAUGAAUUUUAUAAAUCUAUUAAAACUUGACUUGUUA